AUGGUCAAGCUGAAUCCAAGGAUAAAGAACGAGAUCCAGAAGCUUUACAAUGCGAACUACGAGGUCAGAAUGAUUGAGGGGAAACAGACCCAGAUGGAGGUCCUGAUCAACGGCCCAGAAGACUCUCCGUACAGUGGCGCCAAGUACAUUGUCAACAUACUCCUUCCAGACAACUAUCCGUUCAAAAGCCCCUCGAUAGGAUUCACGACCAGAAUAUUCCACCCAAAUGUCGACGAGGCAAGCGGAUCGAUAUGCCUUGAUGUCCUAAACCAGAUAUGGUCCCCGAUAUACGACCUCCUCAACAUUGUGGACAUUCUUCUUCCACAGCUCCUGUCCUAUCCCAACGCAGCAGACCCCCUGAACUGCGAGGCUGGCUCGAUGUAUCUGAACAACAGGGAGAAGUACAACGAAGUCGUUAGGAGCUAUGUCAAGAAGUAUGCAAUCCCGGCAACCAAGGAGAAGAUAGAUGUAGAAACAAACAACAAUAUAAGCGAUGAGGAAAGCUUAGGUCUUUAA